UAAACAAUGUUCAAAAGGGACGUCGUUAGCAAGUAUUUCAGCUCUAUCAUAAUUAAAACUUAUCAGUCAAUAGUGGACACAACAAGUGGAUAGUUAACUUUCAGAUACAGAGUUGACAAAGACAAAAUGUGGAAAUAUUUCAGCAUUAUCUUUUUGUUUGGUGAAAAUACUUUUGGAAAAAUACUGAUAGACUCACAGAUAGAGAAUGUGCUCGAACAAUAUCAUUAUAUAUGUGGGACUCAUUCCUGUUUAUCGAAUGGUACUCUCAAUGACGAUGAGUCUUCUUCCAUGAUUUGUGGACACUGUUCCUGUAACAACAAUUGCAUAAAGGAUUCAAACUGUUGCCCAGAAAUUAUGCUUCAUCAACCAAAGAGAAUUUGCUUUGAUGGAAUAAUUUAUCGCCCAGCUAUGCAAUAUGUCAAGGCAAAAACAUAUAACAAAUACAAAACCGUGAGAGAAUGUCCUCAUUAUUCUCCUGCUGAUAUCCACAUUAAGUGUACGAAGAGAAGGGACGUCACGGAGAGAAUUAUGACAACCCCUAUGACGUCACUUAACACACAUCUAACGUAUGACAAUAUUUACUGUGCUCAGUGUAACAAUGAUGCGCAAAAUUUGGAAUCAUGGUAUUUUGAUUUCCAAUGUAAAAUGAAAAUUAACUUUAACAUUCUUAGCUCAGUUAAUGAGAUCGCUAACCUGGCUAUUCAAAACAACUGUACAAUUAUAACAAGCCCUGUGGAUAACCACAAAUCUUUCAUCGACUCAUGUGAAGAUGAUCCAAAAGGGAUGAUAUCUGAAUGUAACAAAACUGGUACCUGGUUAAAUGGAGACAAUGCUAUACUUAAAGCAUGUCAAUCAGUAGAUCAACCGUUUGGAAUGUUUAAAAACGUAUUCUGUUAUAUCUGCAAUCCACCGAUUGUUCACAAAGAAAUCAUUACGUCAUGUCCUUCCAACAAUCACAAUACCAGUCUUUUUCAACUAUGUAACAAUUCGUUGCCUAAUGCAAGCUUGUAUCCAUACAAAAAUAAGUUUUGUUAUCAGUGCAAUUUUAAUCAGUCUUUAAAUAGUGCCAUCGAUAUACUGUAUAAACAUUCAGGUCUUGUUCAUGUUUAUUAUGUUCUACCUCGCUACUGUAACGGACAGUCACAAAUGGCGAUGUAUGGUAAUACAACAGGUGUUGUUGUCGACACUCUACAGAUGAAUUUUACUGAUGUACAUAAUUUAGAUGAAGAUAUUCCUUUCACAAGGCAGUGGCAAUAUAUGAUAACCUGUCCAAGACAGGAAAUAUUUAGUAUAUUUUCCAGUGCCAAUGAUAUAAUACAGGAAUCUUUAUCACGCGGAUGCAACAAUGCUGAACCAGUUUCAAAGUACAAAAUGCAAUGUGUCAGUAAGCCACGACUUAUACGUGAAUGCAGUGAACCUUUGUAUACAUCUGAAACUGAUCAGAUAGGUGCAGGUAGAGCUGGUGGAUAUCGUUCAAUGUUAUUGUUAUCAUCAUAUGAUCAAUCUAUAGGUAGCUCAUUAUCUCACAGUUGUUCAAGUCAACAAAUCUUUGAUUCCUCAUUGAAUAUUUGUAGAAAUUUGAAGUGUAUACCUGGAAAGGUCUUAGUAAACAACACAUGUAUUCCACUUCUACAAAUGACAGCAGAUUUAUGCUAUAUUUUUGCAGUUCAUUUUGACGCUAUAAUUUCUGAAAACGCCCGUGAGACAGUGGGUAUUGAUUUGAUAGGAAAACUAGCCGAUGAAGCAUUUGAUGAUUUGAAUACAAGGUUAAAUACACCAUUACAUGUUAAUAUGAAAUAUGUAAUUGCGAACAUCUCGUGCAAUAACAUUCACAUUAAAACUUCAUUUUCUGGGUACCUAUACUUCGAUUUCUGUACUUUUGGAAUAGUAUCAAGACAUGACAUUGAUUCAAAUUUGCUACACCUGCUAAAUUCAACAGUAACCCUUAAUCAAAGUGAUCUUAUAGUAAGGGUAAAAUAUGAAAUGGAUUCGGAGGCGUUUGAUGUACCUUCAUUGGUAGAAAAUAUAGCUGUUGCAGACUUGUGCACAUAUCAAAGCGUGUAUUCAAUACAUGUUCCUGGCAAACUUGCUAUGUAUUACCGUGUAAAUAAUCUACUACUGUGUACUCAGGUUGAAUUCACCACACAAGAAUAUGCAAAACAAAGAAAUCGGGAAAUUAAGCUUCAUAGCAGUGGCCAUCUCUUAGGGCGGAAUGACUAUCUUACAGUAAAGAAUAAUUCUAUUAGAGUGUGUUCUGAUAGGUACCUUCAGCUCAUUUCCGAAGUACCAGAUGAAAAUAUUAAUAUUUCUAUGUUUAUUGUCAGGGUCAUUUGUAAUGUUGUAUCACUUAUUUGUUUAACUCUCACAUUUAUAACAUAUAUGUUAUUCAAAAGUUUGAGAACAGUUCCUGGUCAAAAUAAUAUGACACUAGUCUUAUGUAUGAUUUUGAACGAGCUUCUUUUCCAUGUUCGAUUAUACAGUUUAGAAAACAUAAAUGUAUGUCAGGCAAUAGGUGUCCUUCAGCAUUAUUCCUUUUUGACUGUAUUUACAUCAUUUAACGUGUGUACAUUUCAUAUUUACAGGGUUUUCACCACAAGUUUUUCAACCACAGCAAACUCAAAUAUUCAUGUUUUAUUCAAAUACAAGGCUUACAUUUUUGGAUUUCCCGCUGUCAUAGUUACAAGCAAUAUUCUUGUAACUUUUAUUUACAAUGAUUAUCAGUCUAUUGGAUAUGGAGGUGAUUUGUGCUUUAUUGUUUUUAAAUUGGCAGCAAUUGUCACAUUUUUAUGUCCAGUUGGUAUUAUCUUAAUGACAAAUGUUUUCAUGUUUGCCGCAGCAAUCUUUAACAUUUGUACUUCUCCACACGUGUCGUCAGAGAAUGUAUCACAUGACAAAAAAGACAACAUGGUGAUAUACUUUAAGUUGUUUGCCAUAACUGGGUGUACUUGGAUAUUACAGUUCAUUGAAGCUUUAUUCCCGGAAUCAAUGUUCACUGUUUUAAUUUCAAUGUGUAAUUUGUUAACGGGAACAUUUAUUUUCAUGUCAUACAUUUGUAACAAGCGUGUUUUGGAAUUGUACAAAUCCAAAUUUAAAGGUGGCAAAAAGUAUCUCUUUUCCUUUAAUUCGGCAACAAACCAAACAACAUUACACUCCUGACUGAUAUUAAUUUUGUUUUGAUCGCAAAAAAAAAAUCAAAAAGAUAUACCACAAGCACAUAUUAAAACAAGUAAAAUAUCAAACGCAGUAAACAAAUCCUUUUGUGAUAACUAAAGCACAUUGUUAUAAUAUCAUAUAUCAUAAUCAGAUAAAAAGUCAUAACCGGAAGAAAAACGACGAAAAGAUAAAACUAACAGAGAGGGAUAAAAUGUUCUUCUUUCACUGGUGGUACCCUUUGUGAAGAAGCUAAUGGCCAGUCCAAUUUCCGGGAUAAAUAGCAUUCGAUGAAAUCAUAAUCUCAGAAAAUAAAACGCAAUUGUAUUUACUACAUAUUAAACAGAUCCAUGUGAAUCUGUGAUUCACGAUUUCCAAGACGCUUAAUCGAUCAAGAAUGCGUUGGUACAACGUUCGAAGUAAUACUUCAACUGAACCAUCUAGAAAAAUUUUUCUAAAAGUUUGCUCAAUUUACCAUUUUCAAUUUCUGUAUCAAAGCCGAUAACUGAAGGAUUUUAUUUGUACCUUUGUGUCUACAACUGUUAGCACUUAGUAAUUUAUCAAACUUAGAAUGGAAAUAGGGAAUGUGUCAAAGAUACAACAAACCGACCAAAGGGCAGGAAACAUUCGAAGGACGCCAAUGGGGGAACACAGAAUAGUGACUUUUCUUCAGUAUAGUUGUAUGCAGAAGAAAAGAAUUGAGAUACUUCAAAAUCAAAGGCGAUUAUAAUAUCUCCUUCUUCCUUUAAAGGUAGAAAUAGAGUCCUUUGCCAACUUGAAUCUUAAAUGACACUGAUUGACAGGUCAAUGUUAUUUAUUAGAUCAGUUAGUUUUAUUGAAAAAAAUUAUUUGCUAGAACUUUAUAUUUUAAUGAAAUUUUUUUUACUCUUUCUUAUUAACAGUUAAUUUGGCAGAAACAUAUGAUUUUGAUAUAUUUCUGUGUAAAAGUUAUUGUGAAAAUGAAUGUUGAUGUGGAAUAAAUGUCUUACUAG